CGCGUCCCUGGGGCCCCGCACCGCUCUGUCCUCCUUAUCUUCCUCCUCCUCCUUAUCUUCUUCCUCCAUUGAGUUUUCUGGCCACAAUUCCCCGCUGCGCUACCCACCUCUUCCUCUCCUUCUUCCACCUCUCCUCCCAUCGGCGCUGCCCAUCUCUCCCUCUCCUUCUUCCGCCUCCCUCACCAUUGGCGUUCUCUACCUCUCCCCUCCUUCUACCUCAAGCUGCCAGCACUCCCACAAGCUGGCGAGCUGCGACGACCGUUGAACGGCAACUGCUGCGAAGGUUCAGCACCGGUGUGUCGACCGGUGUUGUGGACGGGAGAAGCCACUGGCGCUGUGGACAGGAGAGCCCACCGGUGGUUCGACUUCGACGACACCCAUUGCCUGGACCCGGCUCAUGGUGGUGCUGGAACUUGCUCAUGACGUGCUGCAAUUGCUUGCGGGCCGAGCUAGGAACAUGGCGAUGCCGGAAGCGAAGGCUGCAGCCAUGGAGAGCGGGGGCGGCCAUGGCGAGUGGACGCAUGAGCGGUCGGCGAGCACGGGUGGCGGGCGUGGUGGCACAGGUGGCAAGCAAGCAUGGGAAGCCGACGACAAGCGCAGGUGGCCGGCGAGCGUGCGAGAUCCAGUGUGUGCGCACGACUGCCUUUUCUUUUUUUUUUCUUCGUACGUGUUUGACUUUUUAAGAGAAAGCAAUCUGACGGUGACGAAAGGUUGUAUCGGACGUUUGGCAGCGGACCGGCCCAAAUUUGGGCCGGUGCGCCGGCGCCUAGUGCUCGUCUUGUAUUUUUUGCCUAUGUCAUGGACUCUUUAAUUUGUUAUAUACAUAUAGUUUUUACCUUCAA